AUGAGGCAAACAUGCACCAUUCCAUCCACCUCUUCUUCCUCCCCUGACUCAGCUACUCUAGCCUCCCUGGAGCUGCAGGUGUUAAUUUAGGGACCCCUGGGCCCUGGCCUCAUUAAGUGCCGGCAGAAACAUGAGGGCCUGGAGCCUUCUCGUCCUGGUGGCCCUCCUGGCUGUGGGGAGCCGGCUGCCUGUGGCCUCAGCCAGGAGGAAGGGAGAGAAAUCUGGGGGCUGCCCGCCGGACGAUGGGCCCUGCCUCCUUUCGGUGCCUGACCACUGCAUGGAUGACAGCCAGUGUCCUGCAAGAAUGAAGUGCUGCUCCAAAGCUUGCUUCCGCCAGUGUGUCCCUAUGAUCUCUGUAAAGCCGGGCAGCUGCCCUGAGGACCGCCUGCAGUGCCUCAGCCCCGUGCAGCAUCUGUGCCACAAGGACGCAGACUGCAGGGGCUCCAGUCGUUGCUGCCUUGGCGCCUGCGGCCGAGACUGUCGCAACCCCAUCCAAGGCUAAUUCUGGCUUCAGAUCUUCAGGAGGGGUUCCUAGCAGGAAGAGAUGAUGAUGGGGGCCUGGGACCCUGCCACCCAGAUAGCACUAUCUCUACCCGAGGCAGUUUCAACCUUCUGAUGAAUACCGAUCUGCUGUCACUUCCCUUGCCACCCAUCCAUCCACCCCUGGUUUCUCCUCCUGGGAGUCAAGGUGCACAGAUAGACUCCUAUCACCCUGUGCCACAGCCACAUCUCUUUGUCUAUGUGUUUCUCCACCUAAAAUGCCCAAUUCGGGUAGGCCCCUCUUUGUGGGGUCCAAACCCCUCCAUCAGGCAGCCCAGCCACCUUGAAGGUACGUUCUAGCAGAGUUUUCCAGACGUGAUCUGUUCGCAUACUCCUUUCCACCAUUUUUACCACACCCUCAAAACAGCAUCACAAUAUCUUGCUUACUGCCCUUACUACUGUUUAUCUAAUGUUUUUCUUUAAAUGGAAUCACUUUUGUAUAUAAAUAAAUCUAUUUCAAAAGAAAA